AAAAUAAACUAAUAAUGUUUAAUAUCUAACACACAACAUAAAAUACUUGCAUCCUACAUCAACAUAAUGGCUGAUGUCUUGAAUUACAAUACAAUUAUUUUCACUAAUUCAUUAAAAUGCGGUUUGGUUUGAAAUUUUUUUAAAACCGCACCAAACCGCAAAACCGCAAUUUGAUCAAAUUUGAAAACCGCACCGCAAUUUCCAAACCACAAACCGCACUAAACCGCAAAAUUAUAGUUUAGUUUGCGGUUUGGUGCGGUCUAGACCGCACUCUACACAGCCCAGGUUUUUCCGAUAAGCUUAUUGGUACAUUCCCGGGUUAAACACACAGCACCAGCUCUUCGUUUUUCUAUGCCACCUCAGUCUAAUGUCCUCUCGAAAAUCGGAUACCUCACUUACACCCAAUCGAAAACAGAGCAUAAAAUAAACAUCUUCCUUCUCACUUCUUCUAAGCUCCAGUAAGAAAGCAACCGUAGCCACCCAUAACAAUGGAGGUUUUACCCCGCUUUUCCAACCGCCUUCUUUCUCUCUCCUCCAUAAACCCUAACUCCAAAUCUCUCAUUACCCCUUUUUUCCAUCUCCAAUUUUGCCAAUUACCCACUUCAAACCCCUUACCCAUUUGCCCAAACCCGCUCAAAACGACCCGGUUUUUCAGUACAAAACCCCUCAAUUCUUCUUCUUCUUCACCUUCCCCAUUAACAACUCGGGCAGGUUGGUUACUGGGUCUUCGGGAAAAAAACCAGCAGAAGUUGCCCGACUUGGUUAAAGCGGGUGACCCGGUUCUUCAUGAACCGGCCCGAGAAGUUGACCCGAAUGAAAUCGGGUCUGAGAAAAUUCAGAAGAUAAUUGAUGAUAUGAUUAAGGUUAUGAGGGUUGCUCCUGGUGUUGGACUUGCUGCUCCCCAAAUUGGUAUCCCUUUAAAGAUUAUUGUUUUGGAAGAUACAAAAGAGUUCAUCAGUUACGCGCCAAAAGAAGAGAUCAAAGCACAAGAUAGACGCCCAUUUGAUCUUCUGGUUAUUGUGAAUCCAGUAUUGAAAAAGAAGAGCAACAGAACGGCACUUUUCUUUGAAGGCUGCCUGAGUGUCGAUGGGUAUAGAGCGGUUGUGGAGCGAUAUCUUGAUGUUGAAGUCAAGGGACUGGAUCAAUAUGGGCAGCCUAUAAAAGUGGACGCAUCAGGAUGGCAGGCACGCAUUCUUCAGCAUGAGUGUGACCAUUUGGAGGGUACCCUUUAUGUUGACAAGAUGAUGCCAAGGACAUUCAGAACUGUUGAAAACUUAGAUUUACCUCUUGCAGUUGGCUGUCCAAAGCUUGGAGCACGCAAGAUUUCAUCUUGAUAGAUUAGCCGAUGGAGGAUAUUUACACCAAUUACAUUGGUGAAAUUAGCUUGACAAUUUCCAAGGGGAACCAGCAUUCAUUUUGAUUAUUUUCAUAUUGAUUACAUGCUAUAUUUUAGUGAGAAAGAUCUCUGUGAGAGGCUCUACUUUUUACAAGUUAUUUAUUCCAAAGGUACUUGGAUAGGAGUAUUAGUCUUA